AUGAAGGCUUUUAUCUGGACCAUAGGUGUGCUAUUCUUCCUACUAAUGGGCAUUGGACACUGCAGAGGAGGACAGUUCAAAAUAAAAAAAAUAACCCAAAGGAGAUACCCUCGUGCCACUGAUGGUAAAGAUGAAGCAAAGAAAUGUGCAUACACCUUUCUGGUACCUGAACAAAAAAUAACAGGGCCAGUUUGUGUAAACACCAAAGGGCAAGAUGCAGGUACCAUUAAAGACAUGAUCACCAAGAUGGACCUUGAAAACCUGAAGGAUGUGCUCUCCAGGCAGAAGCGGGAGAUAGAUGUGCUGCAGUUGGUGGUGGAUGUAGACGGAAACAUUGUAAAUGAGGUAAAGCUGCUGAGAAAAGAAAGCCGUAACAUGAACUCUCGUGUUACUCAACUCUAUAUGCAACUAUUACAUGAGAUCAUCCGUAAGAGGGAUAAUUCACUUGAACUUUCCCAGUUGGAAAAUAAAAUCCUCAACGUCACCACAGAAAUGUUGAAGAUGGCAACAAGGUACAGGGAACUAGAGGUCAAAUAUGCUUCCUUGACUGAUCUUGUCAAUAACCAGUCUGUUAUGAUCACUUUGUUGGAAGAACAGUGCUUGAGGAUAUUUUCCCGACAAGACACCCAUCUGUCUCCCCCUCUUGUCCAGGUGGUGCCACAACAUAUUCCUAACAGUCAUCAGUAUACUCCUGGUCUGCUGGGAGGUAAUGAGAUACAGAGAGAUCCAGGUUAUCCUAGAGAUUUAAUGCCACCACCUGAUCUGGCAACUUCUCCCACCAAAAGCCCUUUCAAGAUACCACCUGUAACUUUCAUCAAUGAAGGACCAUUCAAAGACUGUCAGCAAGCAAAAAGGGCUGGGCAUUCAGUCAGUGGGAUUUAUAUGAUAAAACCCGAAAACAGUAAUGGACCAAUGCAGUUAUGGUGUGAGAACAGUCUGGAUCCUGGGGGUUGGACCGUUAUUCAGAAAAGAACAGAUGGCUCUGUCAACUUCUUCAGAAAUUGGGAAAAUUAUAAGAAAGGGUUUGGAAACACUGGUGGAGAAUAUUGGCUUGGACUGGAAAACAUCUAUGUGCUUAGCAAUCAAGAUAAUUAUAAGUUGUUGAUUGAAUUAGAAGACUGGAGUGACAAAAAAGUCUACGCAGAAUAUAGCAGCUUUCGUCUGGAAUCUGAAAGUGAAUUCUACAGACUGCGCCUGGGAACUUACCAGGGAAAUGCAGGGGAUUCUAUGAUGUGGCAUAAUGGUAAACAAUUCACUACUCUGGACAGAGAUAAAGAUAUGUAUGCAGGAAACUGCGCCCAUUUUCAUAAAGGAGGCUGGUGGUACAAUGCCUGUGCACAUUCUAACUUAAAUGGAGUAUGGUACAGAGGAGGCCAUUACAGAAGCAAGCACCAAGACGGAAUUUUUUGGGCUGAAUACAGAGGCGGGUCAUACUCCUUGAGAGCAGUUCAGAUGAUGAUCAAGCCUAUUGACUGA